AUGGUACGUUCUGCUACCUUCAGGUCAAUAAAAGCUGUGGUUCCGUUGCUGGACCGCGUUCUCGUCCAGCGAUUCAAACCUGACACUAAAACUGCCUCAGGCAUCUUCCUGCCUUCAUCAGCAACCUCGAACCCCUUGCCCGAGGCAACGGUAAUUGCUGUUGGGCCCGGCGCACCACGAAAAGAUGGCACUGUUGCCCCUUGCAGUGUGGAGGCUGGCGACCGUGUCCUCUUACCCGGCUGGGGAGGGAAUUCAAUCAAGGUUGGCGAAGAGGAAUAUUUCCUCUUCCGGGACAGUGAAAUCCUUGCUAAAAUUCAGGAAUAAAAUCCUGCUUGGUGUUAGUUUGGUGGUUUAUGAUACUUUGCAUUAUCUGUCAUAUCUGGUGGCAACCUACAUUUACAUAUUCAACAAGCGCAUCCCUACUCCGUUCAGUUCCCCACUCUGUUGGUUGAUGGAUGAAAGGCAUUUUUGAAGUUUCGGUCAACGCACGACCUUAAGAGGCGUUUUAUGACUGAGAUAACGUGGAAGUUAUCUAAGAGCUUGCAACGCAUUAUCUGCUUCAAGGUCAGAAUUAUCUGCUCCGUAGAUGUUUUCAGUGGCAACUCUUUGGAAUUUACACGACUGAGAC